AUGUCACUCAAAGCAGCGCCCUCGCAGGCCUGUCAGUCAAAGAAUAAUGUGUCACCAGCGGUUGGGAAAGUUGCCUACAGGGGCUUCUUUGCGAUCAAGGCUCAAGAAUUCACAACGGUAGAGAAUGAAACACACAGGCUGCAGCAACCGGCUCUGCAACUCGGGCUUCCAAGACUCAUCAUCAAAGGCUUCAUCGCGCGUGGUCAAUUCAGGGACGCUGCUGCAACAGCUAGGGUUGAGGAAUCGAGACAGAGCUGCAGCAGGCAACCCACAAUUCCUGCAACGCUAAGCGACUUCUUGCCAGAAACUCGGGCCAACAGACGGGGCAGAACAGACUAUAAAGGACUGCUACAAACAUGGCUUUUCUGCGCUUAUCUCAAACUCCCAAACUCGCUGCAUACGCGUCGACGGCGACAUUCAGGGAACCUUGAGGGUGCCCGUGGUGUUACCUGUCCCAGUAGCUUUCUUUGGUCUUUCUUGGUUUCACCUUAA